AUGGAGGCUAUGGAUAGAGAUGACUCGACUAGUCCAGAUUACAAGCCAAGGAAUGGUAUGGAGUUUGACUCGAAAGAAUUAGCAUAUGAGUUUUAUAACAUGUAUGGGCGAAGAGUUGGGUUUAGUAUUAGAAGACAUACACAUUACAAGAACCAGCAUUCUAGUAAGCUCAUCUCAAGAAUAUUUGUUUGUUCUAAAGAAGGUUUAUGUACAAUAGAUCAGCGAGACCAUUUGACUAAGAAUCCUCGAGCGGAGACACGAACAAGUUGUGAUGCUAAAAUGAUCAUUAAGUUGGAUAAAUCAAGUGGUAGGUACAAAGUUGUUCAAUUUGAAGAAACUCACAGCCAUGAUCUUGUAAUACAAGAGUGUGCUCACAUGCUACCAUCUCAACAAAAUGUAACUUCUUCACAAGGAGCUGAGAUGGAAUUGGUACAAGAUUCUGGAAUCCCACUGAAGCUUUCAUUCGAGUUAAUGGGCAGAGAAGUUGGUGGAAGAAAGGCUCUUGGAUUCACUAAACAAGAUCAGAAAAAUUAUCUUCAAUCUCAAAGGCAAAAGAAAUUGGCAUAUGGAGAAGCAGGAUGCUUAUUAAAAUACUUCCAAAAUCAAGCCUUAGAAAAUCCCUCAUUUUUCUAUGCUGUGAAAUUGGAUAGUGAUGAGCAAAUAACAAAUAUUUUUUGGGCUGAUGCUAAGAUGAUACUUGAUUAUGGUUUAUUUGGUGAUGUUGUGAGUUUUGACACUACAUACAGAACUAAUGAAGCCAAUCGUCCAUUUGGAGUAUUUGUGGGAUUUAAUCAUCAUCGUGAAACUGUAAUCUUUGGGGGCAGCAAUGAUGUAUGA